AUGGCGCCUCGUAGGAAGCGAAAAGCAAAAGCUGAAAGUGUUGAAGCAACAGAUAAAAGUCCUGUUAAAGCAGCUAAGSAGGAAUCUGCUGAUGUGUAUAAGAGAAAUGCCAAAUCAAUCUCAGCAGAGAUCAAGGAGGCAUUUCCUAACGCACAAAUUACACUCAACCCAACUAAACCAAGGUCGAAGAGUUUUGAAAUCACUUUGGUAAAGAAUAAUAUAGAUUUUGUGCUGUGGUCCGGCAUCAAAARAGGUCCACCACGUAAGCUCAAGUUCCCAGAAGCGUCCAUYGUAAUUGAUGAAAUUAAGGCUCAACUUUAGGAUUGUGUAAGGCUCACCAACUGAUUGCACUGAGAUGAUGAUGAUUUGUGACGUAAGGAACAAUGUUCUGGUCUCAAGUUUGAUGCUUUGUGCUCAAUUGUGCUUUCAUUAUAUAAACAUGUAAUCCAAUGUUUGUUUGUUAUAAAUAAAGAUGGCCUUUUUGUUUGUUU